AUGCGGAAGAGGACCGCGAAGAAGCAGGACAAGCCAUGUGCGCUGUGUGGGGCGACCGAGACGCCGCUAUGGUGGACUUGGCCGACCGACCGUCAGGUUAUGCUCUGCAAUGCCUGCGAGCUCCGGGUGAGGACGCCCGGGGUAGUGCUGCCCGAGCUGGUGUACCUCCCUCCUCUGGCGAUGGUUGGUCAUCUACGAGCUCCAGCAUCCGAGAUCCAGCCGGUCUCGGACUCACCCGGGGCAAUGCUCCCGAAGCAGGUGCACCUGCACCUCCCUUCUCUGGCAAUGAGGAGUCCACACCAUUAUCAGGCCGAGGCAGAGGAGGACGCGAAGUGCCGCCGGAGUGCUCUGGCCGGGUCACUAUUCACAUUCCUCGACUGGUUCCAAUACGCCAUUGUGAGGAGGAAGAUGAAGAGCACCUCGCUCCAACUCCACGAACGGAUCACCAGAGCACCGGACGGCACUAGACGGAGACACCCCAAUGGCGGCGACUCCGCCGCCAUCUCUCCCCUCUCCGGCGAGACCUUCGCAGCCCCCUACGGCGAGGGUGACGAGGGGGGCUCCCGGCUCCCCUCCGCUCAUCCCGCUCCCGGGAGGUGGUGGUGGGAGCACGGCGCGGUGGCCACCGCGGGCAUGUUUCCUCCCCCCACACGAUGUGUUAGGGCCUCAAGUCCGGUGAGGUGCGCGAGAACGCCGCCGCGACCUCAGUCAAAUCGAGAGUCAACCCAGAGAGAGAAGGGCCGGGGCGUCAGUGACCAGGUCCAAGGUGGGAGGUUUGGUGGACAGGUGGAGCCCUCUCGACCAUGGACCCUGCGGAGCGGGCGCACACGGGUUAGCGAAGCACCCGUGACCCGCGACCCUGAGGUGGAAGAUGACGUCUAUGAGUUCUGGGGACAGCUGUGGUUUAUCCCAAAUCAGGAUCAGAGUUUCCACCGCCGCCAGCCCAUCGACGAGGGCAACCUCUGCUGGGUGCGGCUCGAGAAUCAUGUGGUGGAUGAUUGCCCAGAGUGGAAGAAAAACUAUGCCGCAGCGCAGUUUUGUGGAAGUGCCUGUAAAGGUCUGGGUUUUUUCCACAUUGAUGUGGAACCUAGAGGAAACAGAUUUAACCACUGGAAGGGCCUUGAUAAUUUUGGAAUUCUCACAAUUGAGCAAGGGGACAUAAGUGAAGCUGACUUGAUUGGUCAUCUGAAGAGGUUGUUUGAUGAAAAAUGGGACUGGAAGUUGAGACCUGAUGAGGAGUAUACUUACAUUGUUAGGUUCCCUCCACACAAAAGAGUUGAAAACUUGGUGAUUGGAAAAAUGUCUCUGUUUCCUUUAGAAGGAUCUGAUGCUGUAGCCUCAAUCAAGCCCUGGAAUGGGGAUGUUGAGCCAAUAAGUUCACUGGAGGAGGUGUGGAUUCAGGUCAAAGGUAUUCCACCAAAGUGGGCUGACUGGUGGACAAUCAGAGAUGUGGCCUCAAGUUUAGGACUGCUGUUGGAAGUUGAUUGGACAGAACUCUUUGCUAGCUACUUUUCUACUGUCAGAAUGAGGAUCAAGUGUAAGAAUCCAGCUAAAGUGCCUUUUGAAAGAGUGUAUGAGCUUGGAGGUAACUGUUACAUUAUCUACUUCAAGACUGAAGGGGUGGAGCAAAUAGGGAAUCCAAAGGGCAGGGAUGAUGGUGGAAGUGAUGGUAAAGAGGGUGAUAAAGACACAGGUGAUAAAGAAGGGGAGAAGAAAAAUGAAGACAAUGGAGAAGAUGAUGACUUAGAUGAGGAGGAUCUGCUGGAUGAUGACACAAGAGGACUGGAGGAAUCUAAGAAGGAUGGAGGAAUGAGUAGAAGAACUCGUAACAAGCAAGAUGGGCAAGCUGAUAACAAAAAAGGGCACCAAAGGAGUGUGGGUAAUGUUUCUCUGUCCCAGAAAAAUACCAACUCGGUCAGGAGAUCUCUGAAUUUCCUGGAAGACAAAACUGGAUGUGAUGAUGAACAAACCAAAUGUACCAGCCUGCUUAGGGCUAUGGAGUUAGAUAGCUCUGAUGAUGAAGAGGAUGGAAUUCAGCAAGACCUGCUAUCUAAUCAAAGAGAGGAUGAGGAGAUGCUCACCUUACCAAAGGAAUGGGUGGACCAUUUAGUUUCCAAAAGAUCAGAGGGGAACUUGGAGGGAAUGAUAGUAGACUCACAAGAAAUUGAGUCUGGGGCAGAAGAGCUUAUAAGUAAGGAAGAUGAAGAGCAGCAGUGUACACAACCUUCUGUAGAGGAGGUGGCAAGAUGCUUGAAUCAGAAUGUUGCAGAAGAGAGACCUAAGAAGAACAAAAACCAGGUGUGGGGGCCCAUCUUGGCUCCAAGGAAAAGCAAAAGACUCUGUGAAGAUGGGAAGUCUAUGCUUCAGAAGGCUCAGGAGAACAAGAAGAAACAGAAUCUAGAUGGGUGUCAAGGUAAAAAAUCUAAGACUCUUUGUCAGUUUGAUUCUUCUACUUUAUCUGAUAUUGCUAAUGUGAUAGGAGUAGUUGCUAAGGAUCGACAUCCUUUCAAUCAAAAUUUGUUAGAUAGUAUGAUAGACUUAGACCAACAAAGAGGUGUCAACCAUGAAAAGUUGUGCAAGUAG